AUGUCCGUCCUCCUCCAGCCCCCCGCUGCUACCCCCACUCCUAGUGUGCCCCUCCGCAAACGCACCUCGUCCUUCUCCUAUCCCGUCGACCAGCCCUCUCCGAGCCCCCGCCCACCCAAGUCGCCCAGGAUGGGCUCGUCCUCCCUCCGCCGCGCAGAGACGUUCCUCCUCCUCUCAGACGCUCCUCCCACCACCGCCCCCUCCCCUUCCCCUUCCACCACACAGGCGCAGACAACGGCCCCGACGCAGGGCCCGCUCCCCUACUACCGCACGCUCGCGUACCAGAAGGACCAGCGCAUGAAGCGCAAGGGCAUGUUCCUCAACAGCCGUCCUCAGCACCAACCCCAACAGCAUCAGCCUGCCCUAGUCCAGACACCGCAUCAGGCAGUGCGGCACAGCUUGAGUAGCGCGCAGCAGCAGCAGCAACGCGUCUCUGCACCCGCAGCAGCGCGUUCAAAUUCUGGUACCAGUGCUAUCGCAACCAGCAGCACCAGCACCACCGCCAUCUCCAGCACUGCGACUUCUUCGAGCGGAUUACGGCCUCUCCUUCUCUCGGCCGCCGCGUCUACAUCCAACGCCACAAGCAACUCCGGGCACAGACGCGGUCCCUCUUACCCUCCCUCCACAUCCUCCAGCACCACCCCAUACACUAGCUACACCCCCAAACGCCCCCGGCCCACCCCACAGCCCCGCGCCCCGACCCAAGUCAUCCUCCCCUCCAUCUCCUCCCCCAACCCCCGCACCACCAUCAUCACGCACCGCACCUCCUCACCUCUCUCCCCCACCCCACACGCGCCCCUACUCUCAUCAUCAUCUUCUAACAUUAAUGUUAUCAAUGCAGCGAGGCCACGACCGAGGGGCAAACACGAGCCCGACCUCCUGCGCGCCGCGAUCAAGAUCAGGAUGGCCUCCACGCCCGAGGGGCAGAGGAUAUUGAGGUUGGGCCCGAGGCUUGCGCUGAUGGAUUGGGAGAUGGAGGUCGCUGCGGAGGGGAUGUGUCGCGUCGAUGACCGGGCCCUUGGCGACGAGCAAUCGACGGACGGGAAAACGGGUGGAAGUGAAAGUAAGGAUGAGGACGAUGGAGUAAAGAAGGUGGAUGUGAAUGGCCUGAGUAAAGCCGGGACGAGGUGGGGCAUUCUGGAGGUGACGAGAGAUUUGGAGCGGUUGGUCGCUGAUGAGGAGAUGAGGGAGCGGAUGAUGAUGGAUGAAGUUGAGGAGAUGAUGGAUAUGGCGUUGGAUGGGGAUGGGGAUGUUGUUAUGGGGGAUGCGACAGUUACUUCCACCGCAGCGUCUACUACCGCUGUCGACCCGACUGCUCUCGACACUACGACCGCUGUCGAACCCACCUCCGCGGGCACACUUUCUCCUGCCACCCCAACGCCCUCCUCUACCCCAUCCACCUCCACAACCACCACCACACCCAUCCCAACACCCACCUCUGCCCUUUCCCCCACCCCUACCUCCACCUCCACCCGCACCACACCAACACCCACUCCCACGCCAACCACAACACCCACACCACGCGUCCGCCUCCCACUCAAACGCACCACGUCCAUGGCCGUCCUCCCGCCCAUGACGAUGACGAUGUCAACGAACACGCCCGUGCUUACGGCCUCGUGGGUCGUCGUCCGCUCGUCGGAGGCGGAUUGGGAGAUGGUGGACUGUGCGGCGUAG